AUGGCUCCUUCCAAAUCACAAUACCAUGUUCGUUCCAACAGCUUUCCCACUAGGCCACACCCCCUUUUCCAACGAUGCGACGAGCAUUUGUGCAGAUUGGGGGCUUCCGAGGCGACUUCAUCGUCUUCACUGAGCCACAAACUGAGCGGUCUCGAAGAUCUGCAUGACUGCGUUGAGAAGUUGUUUCAGUUGCCCCUCACUCAGCAAGCCUUUGUCCACAGCCGUCACGAGAAAUGGGUUGAUGAGCAGGUGGAUGGCUCUCUUAGGCUCUUGGACAUGUGCAGCGCAGCCAAAGAUGCCGUGCUGCACACCAAGGAAUGUGCUCGUGAAGUUCAGUCGAUCAUGCGCAGGCGACGCGGAGCUGAGGUUGGGCUGGCGGGCGAGGUCACCAAGUACUUGGCCUCAAGAAAGGUGGUGAAGAAGGCAAUCCGCAAGGCUCUUGAGAAUAUGAAGGCUGCGGUGAAAUCUUCAUCGUCUUCUCCCACCAACAAAGACAUGACUGUUGAGACCGCGGCGUUGGUUGGUGUUCUAAGAGAAGUAGAGUCGGUCUCUCUUGCGGUGUUUGAGUCCUUGUUGUGCUUUAUUUCAGGGCCAAAGGCGCAGACUAAGCUAAGUGGCUGGUCCUUGGUUUCCAAGCUCAUGAACAAUAAGAAGAAAGUUGGUUGCGAUCAGGAAGCGCAAGAAACCGAUGUGAACGAAUUCGCGAAGGUGGAGGAGGCAUUGCAACGCCUCAUGUGUCACGACACAAGCAAAGUUGAGAACUCUUUGCACAUCGAAAACGCGCAAACCGAGCUUCAAAGUCUUGAGUUGUGCGUUCAAGACUUCGAAGAAAGGCUGGAGAGGCUGUUCAGGCGUUUGAUCAAAAAUAGAGUUUCCCUUCUCAACAUCCUCAACAACUAG